CGAAUGUGUUUAAGUUGGUCUUUGUAGAACAGCUCGUCAAACUUUACACGGUAAAAAAGGAGGCAAAUAGGCCCGAUUGAGGAUUAAUGCUGCUGUACUGCCCGAUGCAAAAAGGGUCUGAUAUUACUUUAACUCAGUAUUAGCGCCCAACCAUCCCAAUCCUUCGAGCAAACCAUCGCCUGUUAAGGCACAUGUUGGUUGGACACUCCAAAGACGGUUCUUGAGCGAAGUCAAUUGCAACACCUCCGUGAUCUGAGCCGGGGAAAGAGCUAGAUAGCGAGUUAGCGCGAAGGAUAGAGCAGAAUAACCUCUUCAUACCAUCUGGCAAGUCUUGUUUAUUGGCGAACACAAGCAGUAAGGCGUCCUUCAUCUCUCUAUCGGAAAUAAUACGAUGCAGUUCGGUUCGAGCUUCUUCCAGUCGACUUCUGUCGGCAGCAUCAACAACGAAAAUAAGACCUUUUGUACCAGUGAAAUAGUGUCUCCAAAGGGGACGGAUUUUAUCUUGUCCGCCGACGUCCUGCAUGCAGAAAACACUUGUCAGUUCUGUGGUCAUUGGGGGUACAUAGCGUAUUUCCAUGUGUUCGUGUAUACAUACCCAUACAUUAAAUUUUACGUUUUUGUAACUAACAGUCUCGACAUUAAACCCAACUGUCGGAAUCGUGGUCACGCUGAAAUGUAAGCGACAUGUUAUACGCAGACGAUGAAAGAAAAAACAUCAAGUGUUACCUUUGGUUCAGCUUUAGUUUAUAUAAAAUGGCUAAACAGUAUUAGUAAGCAUGUUUUUUGCACACUAAACAACAUUCCGAAACAGACCAAACUCGUCGUCCUGCCCUUGUGUUCACUUACUAGUUUUACCGGCGGCAUCCAAGCCAAGCAUAAGAAUUCGCAUUUCCUUGUUUCCAAAAACGCGGCUAAAGAACUUGGAAAAACUGUUUCCCAUGCUUUCAAACAGACAAAAGAGGCGCAGAAAAGAUGGACCUUGGCGAGACUUUAGUUGUCAACUGAUUUCACAAUGUAUCUGGAGUAUGGUAAUAACCGGGAAACAAAAUCUAAGCAGGCAACUACACGUAUAAAAGCAGUGAACGCAAGUGCUAUUAAACAAAACAAAUUUCUGGACACAAUCCUCAGCCCCAAAAUGACUUUCGUUACUGGAAUACCCAACUUUGGUGUGUGGUUUUGCGUGUAACGGUGCUGAUAACCUGCGGCUACUAAAAGCGUUCGAGUGCACGAAAGGGGAUGGGAAAGCCCGCAAUGUAGACAAAAGACUUAAAUAGAAGCUAGGAGAAAGCGAGAACACAAACAAUCUCUUUCUUGUAUGUAGUUAACUGAAAUGAACUUGUGUUUGUUCGCUGAAGGUGCCAGUUUUGACGAAAUUCGUCUGGUAAAAGGGCCGUUCUAGCCGUCAGAAUCACGGAACGCAAAAAGGCGACAGGGAAAGCGGAGAACCUGCAUUAGAACGCGUCAAAACAUGAUUGAUGUCUCGUUUUGUUAUUUUUCGUAUCUAAACAGUUUUGUAUAUUGCGUUCCAGUGUAUACAAAGAUUUCAUUUAGCGCGACGCGUCUUUAAGCUUUUCUACUACGUCAUACAGCAUUCAAAAUUAAAUUGUACAGCAGAAAUGAACCUGCCAAGAACCACACACUUCAAUUUUAAGGAAUCUGCCACCGUUCCCACACAAUGUCUACUAAAGGAAAAACUAUCACUUGUAAAGCUGCCAUUGCUUGGAAAGCUAGCGAACCGUUAACAAUUGAGGAAAUCCAAGUAGAAGCACCGAAGAGUCACGAGGUGCGUGUUAAAGUUGAAUGGACGGGUGUUUGUCAUACAGACGCAUACACUUUGUCGGGUGUGGAUCCUGAAGGUGCCUUUCCUAUUGUACUUGGCCACGAAGGAGGUGGAAUCGUGGAAAGUAUUGGAGAGGGCGUUACAAAUGUCCGCGUGGGAGACCAUGUGGUGCUUCUCUACACUCCUGAGUGCAAAGAAUGCAAGUUCUGCCUGAGCGGUAAAACAAACUUGUGCUCAAAAAUCCGCGAGACUCAAGGAAAGGGCCUUAUGCCUGACGGAACAACACGAUUCACAUGCCGUGGACAACCCCUCUUGCACUACAUGGGCUGCUCUUCCUUCAGCCAGUACACCGUUGUGUCUGACAUUUCGCUGGUUGCAAUUUCUCCCGUUGCUCCCCUGAGAAGCUGUUGCUUGUUCGGAUGCGGCAUUACGACCGGCUACGGCGCUGCCACACGCAGCGCGAAGGUCGAGAAAGACUCUGUGGUAGCCGUUGUUGGCUGCGGGUGUGUUGGUCUGGCUGUCAUUCGUGGUGCAAUUGAUGCUGGAGCAAAGCGCGUCAUUGCCAUCGAUACAAACCCUUCGAAAGAAGCGUACGCCAAACGUUUUGGUGCUACAGACUUUGUAGAUGCAUCCAAGGUCUCGGAUCUCGUUGACUACAUGCUCAAGGAAACCGAUGGCGGAGUCGACUAUGCCUUUGACUGCACCGGCAAUGUGGAGGCUAUGAAGAAGCAACUGCAGUUUUGUCACAAGGGAUGGGGCAAACUGUGCGUUAUCGGUGUGGCCGCUGCAGGCAAGGAGCUUUCCUUCCGUCCAUUCCUCGUCGUAACUGGCCGUCAAGUACUUGGCUCAGCCUUCGGAGGCGUUAAGGGACGCACAGAACUCCCCAAUUUUGUGGACGCCUACUUGCAAGGCCGGUUUAUGGUCGACGAGUACAUUACUCAUGAAGUUGUCCUUGACAACCUCAACACAGCCUUUGACUAUAUGCACCAAGGCGCCUGCAUUCGCACUGUUGUGAAGAUGCAUUAGCCUUGCGGUCAGGCGCACACAAUUCAAUAAAACAAAAAAGGACAAUUAGUUUCGAGUGACGAAAUCAACCGUGUCUUACUAUACGAAUGGUUUACUACCAAAUAACGACUUUAUGCACACUUAACGUCUUCCCUCGUCCAUCUCUCUCUUUUUACCGAGAAUCAUUUUAAUUCAUGAGCUGAAUGACUGUGUCUAUUUAAUUGCAACCGUACUUGGACUUGAGCUCCUCGACGAACUCAACGUACUUGCUGGCGGCAUCCUCCUUGGAAGUGCCCUUCAAGUCGUUCCAAGCGUUCCACUUGAACUUGCCCUUCAAGUCGAGCAAACCGGGCUUCUCAGUGUUGUUGUCACCAACGGUGGCUUGCUUGAAAAGAGCGUACAUCUAAAAGUCGCAUUGUUGUUAACAAUUCUGUCUGUUUUACUGCACCGUCUGCACGUUUGACAUGGACAGGCUGCAUUUGUUGUUACUUACCUUCAGAAGCUCGUCAUUGUUAGGAGUCUGCUUAAGCUUCUUAGCGUCGACAGCGGCUUGUUCAAAGGUAAUAGACAUGAUUCUUGAUGUAAAAGGUUGAAGGAGGGGGAGGUGGUGGAUGGCUAAGCGGUUAGGUAGUCGCUUUUUGUACUGUACGGCAGAAUGCGUGAGAGUAGUUACACCAAAAGACGAGCGAAGAACAAGC